CUAAAUACCAUAGCAAGAGUUGCUGAUUUAUUACCUGCUGAAGUUUUUACUCUAUUGUAUUCAAUAUUCAAUGAAAAUCAAGAAAUCUAUCUAGGUCUAGAGAGAUAUGUACAAAAUAACUGUGGGAGUAUUCACAGUUUGCAGAUAACAGCAGAAAAUGAGUGCAGGAGGUUACACUGCAGUCUGAGAGAUCUUUCUUCACUCCUGCAAGGAUUGGGAAGACUAGAAUAUCACUUCAUUGGAAAUGUGUUUGAGGAACGGUUUGUAACGGCCGAGACAACAGUUACCAGAUUGUGUGAAAGUGCAGUUUACAGCAAUAGAUUGAGACCGUAUGACAUGAAAACAGCAGUACCAUCUGUUCUGAAGCCUGAUUUUAUUGAAGUUCACGCACAAGUACUGGCAACUCUCAAGGCUUUUUCUCAUUGGAUGUUUCUGUAUAGCAGUCAGGUGUUGGAGAAAAAAGACAGAGAACAAGAGUAUAUUAAACUAAUUACUACGGUUGUUCAAGUUGCCAUAACAAAUAUAAAUGAAAAGGUACCAGAAAAAAUUGCACACAGUGCCUGCCACUUGCUGAAAUCUGUAACUUCAGUGAUUCGUCCUUCAUUUCUCUGCAACUUGGAGUCAAUUCAACAAUUGUAUGCCAUUGUUUGCCAAGGAAAAUUGAAUCUUCCAUUAGAGGUAAGUCUAAGUUUUGUGUUAUUUUAGCAAAUUAUAUUAAAAUUUGUGAAGUGUGACUAAGGAAAUGCAUUAACACAGACAACUGGACAACACAAGUAAAUCUUAUAUUUUGACCACCAUACAAUAAGUCAGCCUAUUAUAAAAUUUCCUGUCUAAGUUGGUCACAUGUAGGUAAAAGACAAGUUUAAACAGUUUUUGCAACUACAGUCGACCCCCCCUAUAAGAUA